CUGAUUAAUUUACUUAAUUAUAUUAUACGUCUUGUAAUUAUUUCAAUCAGAUAACUCGAUCUCUUCCUCGCAGGCAAACAAGGACAAUGUAAGGACCGGCUCAUGUUUCCCAGAAGUAUCGAUAUAGCUUGAGAAUAUAGAUAACGAUAAGUGAUCCCUGAACGAGUAUGACACGCAAUAACGCUGAAAACACAAGAAAAGCCAUUAAAUUUAUGGUAUAUUUUAUUUCUCUUCUUAUAUAUAACCGAGUAUAUUGGUAAAGUAAAAAAAAAGGGGAAAGCCGAUUAAAAAAAGAUGCCGAUGCAAUCGGUUUGCUCACUUUCGAAAUAGCCUUCACACGAUUCUGAAACCUUACAAAACAAAUAUAAAGUAUGUACAUUGCUAUGAAUAGAAUAUAAUACCGGAUGUUCCGGAAUUAAUGAUUGUUUUCCGCUUGAAAGAAAAGAAUAGUAUAAAUUGCGUCCUUAUACAUUAAUUGACUGACUUGAUUUAUUUGAAUUGUGUAUGUAACAAUCAAUUGUAUAAUUUUAAUUAUUAUAUAAAAAUAUGUAGCAUGUAUUAGCGAAAAAAGAAUUGAGCGAAAGAAACUCAAACGAACAAAUUAAACUAAAUUAAUCUUAAAACUGACGGAAACAUAGCCGAGUUCUCUUUUAUUAAUUCGAAUAUUUUCUACGAUAAGAAUAAUAUUCUCAUAAUCGAAUGUUACAGAAGGUACACGAUGACGGAAUAAUCGGCUCAGAAUUAAUCUUCUCGCGUCAGAUGAUCGAUAGAAAUUUGUGAAAAUGCGCAUCGAAUUUCCAUUUUUCUAAGAUUUUGCGAAAUCAAAAGGUAAAUCGAUAAAACUCGAUUAGACUCGUUGUCAAGUAAGAAAGAAAUAUACCGUGUAUAAGUGAAUAGAGCAAACGAGUCUGUUAUUGUAUAGAUAAGCAUCAAAAGCAUGGUUUCGAUCGGUGUGCUGCGGACAAGUGCAUCCGAGUGCAUCGCGAGCGGGAUUGCGAUUUUGUCAGACCGGUGUUACUGGUUGCGACCGCGCUCGUCGUAAUAAUAAGCUGAACGAACGAUGUGCCGCGGCGUCAGUCCCGUCCUGUUCGCAGACAGGACUGCUCGACGAUACCGUACGCACGAUCGAUUCUCAAUUGUCCUGAACUCUGUGUUAAUUAGUUGAUUGGAAAGAACCGCGCGCCGUAAAUCCGGUCGCCCCACGAUCCCGUUGGGUUCUUUAUCUUUUUUUUUCCAUCGAGACCGCAACACACUCCGUUCGCUCUAAUCGGCUAUGAGUUCUCUUCGAUGAAACAGUGUUAAAUGUUCACCCGUGCCCGUCUGCUGAAACUGCGACUCAGCGUAAUCCUGCAAUUCAAAGAGAGAGGUUGAGAGUUUGAGACUUGAGAGGUUGAGGAAACGCUGUCGUAUCACUGCCGGUACCCGCCGGCAAUCGUACGUAUCGGAGCACGCCCCCGUUGUAAAGUGCCUAAGAUACGCCGUUUUCAAAUGGCUAUCACGCGAAAACGUUCCUGAGUUAAGAGAGAAAGACGAGGAGAACGCGGUGCGUCGUCGAGGACAUCGGCGUAGAAUUCGCUUCCUGGUCGCGGCCAAGACGGAGUAUAUCACAUUCCACGGAGUGGGGUUACGUGCGACUCACGUUUCACAAGGGAACGCGCGUGAUACGUAGAUUAUUUGCAUGUGCACGAGUAGAUCGGCGAUAUCGUGGCAUAUGUCCCGUUGAACACGAGCCGGCAAGCGAGAGGACGACACGAAGUAAGAGUGAUGGGAAUCGACGGUAUGAGGGUCGGCGGAGGCAGAUGUCCGCCGCUCCUGGUCGGAGGACUCCUGCUGGCAUGCCUCAUGCUCGUCUGCAGCUGGUGGACCCUGUCCUCUGAGAAUCUGGAGCUUAUCAGACAAAUUGACGAUCUGAACGAGCAGCUCAAGAUAAGUGCUGAAGAAAGGGAUCAGUGUGUAACAUUGCGAGGUAACUUGGAACAAAGGUUUAAGCAUACAGAAGAUGAGUUAGCUACCUUGCACGUCCGCUUGGAGCAGCAGGUUGAUUUUAAAAAGAAAAAUGAGGAGCUUGAGGAUUCAAUUACUAUGUGUAAAAGUGAGCUAGACUCGUUAAAUAAACUAGAUGCCACAAAAACUGCAACUUUAGAAACAUUAAGAUUUGAAAAAGACAGACUUAAUACUCAAUUAGACACAAGCCGGGACGAGACUAAAAAACUUCAAGAAGAAGUAGACAAGCUGAAAGGAGAAAUAGAUCGACUCAAGCUUAGUUGUAAUAUACCAUCUGAGAAGAAAGAGACUUUAAAUCUUCAGCCACCAACGACAGUGGUCAUUAACAAGUCUCAGUUGCGUCCUGUCCCGGAGUCUGCUGUAAGAAUAUCCGUAGCUGGUCAGCGAGGUUUGAAGUACCACGGAAUUCCGAUACUACCAACAAACCCACCUGGUGCUGUGCGCCAAACUCCUCGUUUCUCAGUGACUAUGUUGAAGAAAGUUGAAACGGAAUCGAAACAAAAUCCCAACGGCACAACAUCAAAUAAUGCCAAAGAACAGGAUAUCUCAGUUGCCAACAACUUGGAAGAUCCUGAAACUCGUGCACGUGAUAACAAUGGAGAUGACAUACAAAGCACAGAGGAAACUAUGCUACUUCCAGACAAUUAUGAAGACGACGGUAAAACGCAAGAUGCCACAAAGAAACCUGGAGACAAAAUUAUAUAAUGUCACACAGUAUAACUUAAAUAAUGCAGUUUUGCAAAGCGCGAACUACUUAGUUAUAUUAAAGUAUAGUUAUAGAUAAAUAUAAAUGAUACUAAUCGAUCGUGGAUUAUGAUCUUUUGACUAUGCGUCGUGUAAAAUAUUAUGCUCAAUUGUAUCCUAUACACAGACACGUAUACACUUAAUUGUUCAUGAUACAAAUAUUUUAUAUACGUUACUGUCCUAAAAAUAUGUACUUUUUACAUAAUUUUUUCUAUUAUACGGAAGACAAAACUGCAAAAUAAUGUACGGAUGUGCCAAAAUAAGUUAAUCAUUUUUUGUACAUUUGAGGCCAUAUGUGAAAAUCUCUAUGUAAUAAGCAGAUACUGUGAUCAUUGAAAGAUCUGAAAAUGAAUGCCAAUAAUGGUUACAUUAGCAAUUUUUAGACACGUGUUGUAAGACGUGCAAUAAUUUUUUAAUAAGAUAUGUUUUAUAUUGAAAAAAAUACUAAAGCUAUACAAUAAAUUAUAAAUGUUUUACAUAUAAAUAUGGGUAAAGCUUUUAAUUAGAUAAAUAGCUUUAUCUAUUUUUCUUUGCCAAUUUUAUUGCAAUCUUAUUAGAUAGAUAAUUGGAUAAAUUUAAAUGUAAAAAAAUAUUGUUAUAAUUUCUAUUAAAAAUAAAAACAGUUUCAGAUUUAUAAGAAAUUUUUUAUAUUGGAAAUUAGACAUAUUAAUUAUUUUUAAGUUUUAUUUCCUCACAUUCCUUACAUCUUUUUGUAAAAUUGUUUUAUAUCCAUGAUGUGCAAUAUAUCAGUUUUAUAUGUCUUUGUUAGUAUAUUCAAAAUAUACUCGGUUUGUAAGCUAUAAAA